AUGAGCUACGGCCCGACCCGCGGACGCCGCGGAGGCUCCGGCCGCCACGACCCCUACGGCCGCGGCGGCUCCCGCGGCGGCGACUACGAGGAAGAGGUGAUCGAGAUCUCCACCAACCGCCUGUACGUCCACAACCUCUCCUGGCGCGUGUCGUGGCAAGAUCUGAAGGACCACUUCCGGCAAGCCGGAGAGGUGGUCCACACCAAGAUCCUCACCGAGGGCGGCCCCGGCGGCCGGUCCAAGGGCUGCGGCAUCGUCGAGAUGGCCACCAUCGACGAGGCCGCGCGCGCCGUCGAGAUGCUCUCCGACACCAACCUCGACGGCCGUAACAUCCUCAUCCGCGAAGAUCGCGAAGACCGCGCCAACGGCGGCGGCUUCGACCGCCCCGGCCCCGGCGGCCGCGGCGGCAACCCCGCCCGCCCCGACGACAUAUGCAACAAGUGCGGCGGCAGGGGGCACUGGGCCGGGGACUGCCCGUCCCAGGUCAGCGUCGGCAGGGGCCGCGCCGCCCCGCGGUCGCGAGAACCGGAGCGCCGCAAGUUCCGCGACGAUCACGAUCGCCGAGAGAAGCCCAAGCGCGAGAGGAGGGAGCCCGGGCCCGACGACAAGUGCAACCGGUGCGGCGAGACGGGUCACUGGGCCAGGGACUGCCCGCUGCCCCGCGACGAGAACGCGCCGGUUCGCGAGAGGGGCCCCCGCCAGCCCAAGCCGGAUGACGUCUGCAAGAAGUGCGGGCAGACGGGCCACUGGGCCAGGGACUGCCCCUCCGGCGACGGCGCCAAGGCUGCCGACGCGGACGGGGACGCGAACAUGGACGCCAGCGCCCUGGACAACGACCUCGACGCGUACAAGGCUGAGGGUGCCGCCGCCGAUGAGGCUGGCGCCGCCGAGGAGAUGGUGGACGCGUGA